UUAACUUCCUAUUAGUUGAGCUUAUGACUUUGUAUUCCAAAAUCUCUUUUAGCUCUAAAAAAAUUGUAAGAAAGGGAGUGAUUGAAUCGGAAACUCAAUUCAAAACCAGCAAAGAUAAGAAGAAAGAUUCACAAAAAGAUCUUGUUUAGUAGAAGCUUAAACAUGGCGGAGGCUGCGAUCUCAUGGAUGAUACAAGAGCUCGAGAGCUUGCACGUUACAUGUACAAAAUGCUUGGAGAGAUUAGUCAUCAAGAGCAAAGUUGAAGAGCUAAAAGAGAUGUUGGAUUUCUUGAGAGACUUGAAAUUGGAAGAGAGGAACAGGCUACGAUAUUUAAUAGCUGACUUGGUCGAAUUGGCUUACAACGUCAUGGACGUGCACCCUUCCCCUUACAUGUCCAAGGACCUCCAAGAAAAGAUCAAGGCGACAAAGAUGCGGAUGAUAAACUUUGGAGACGAAGAAGAAGCAGAGGAUGUUGCGUUCACAAGAAGAAGCAUAGACAUGGCGGAGGCUGAGAUCUCAUCGAUGAUACGAGAUCUCGAGAGUUUGGAUGUUACAUGUACAAAAUGCUUACAGAGAUUAAUCAUCAAGAACAAAAUUGAAGAGCUGAAAAAGAUGUUGGAUUUCUUGAGAGACUUGAAAUUGAAAGAGAAGAGCAGACUAAAAAAUUUAAUAGCUGACUUGGUCAAGUUGGCUCACAAUGUCAUUGACGUGCCCCUUCCUCCUUACAUGCCCAAGGACCUCCAAGAUAAGAUCAAGGCGACAAAGAUGCGGAUGAUAAACUUUGGAGACAAAGGAGAAGAAGAGGAUGUUGCGGUCACAAAAAGUGAUUGUAGAAGCAUAGACAUGGCCGAGGCUGCGAUCUCAUCUAUGAUACAAGAUCUCGAGAGCUUGGAUGUUACAUGUACAAAAUGCUUGGAGAGAUUAGUGAUCAAUAGCAAAAUUGAAGAGCUAAAAAAGAUGUUGGAUUUAUUGAGAGACUUGAAAUUGGAAGAGAAGGGCGGGCUAGAAAAUUUAAUAGCUGACUUGCUCAAAUUGGCUCACAGUCUCAUGGACGUGCACCUUUCCCCUUACAUGCCCAAGGACCUCCAAGAUAAGAUCAAGGCGACAAAGAUGCGGAUGAUAAUCUUUGGAGACGAAGAAGAAGAGGAAGUUGUGGUGGGGUUGGAGGAAAACGUGAAGCAGUUGCUUGACAAAGCGAUUUCAAAAAAUUCUGUUCAGUUACAGACUUUUUGUAUAAAAGGCAUGAUUGGUAUCGGGAAGACAACUCUCGCCUUACAACUGUACAAGGCUUCUGGGGGCCAAUUCCAGCUUUAUGCAUGGGUAUACCUUUCUAGAGACACUAGUAAGAAAGAUAUUCUUAUGCAACUGAUACAGCAAUUGAUGGUAGGAUAUGAAAUAGAUCCGCCAUUGGAAGAAAUUGACAACCAAAAUCUCCAACGGAUGCUUUGGAGCCGCCUCCUAGGAAUGUCAUAUUUCAUAGUUUUGGACAAUGUGUCGAAAGAAGAGGAAUUGCAGUACUUCUUGCAAGGUUUUCCUUCUCAAGGCUUUGUUGAAAGGUCGAUGUUGCUGUUUACAAGUCGCUAUGAGUUUACAACAGCCAAGGUUGAUUAUACUUAUGAGAUGAAAGCUUUGGAUUCUGACAAGAGCUGGAAAUUGUUUUUGAAAACAAUUAAUAAAUUUACAAUUGGUGAGAAUAAGUUCUCAAAGGAGUUGGAGAGGAAGGGCAAAGAGAUGCUGAAAAAAUGUGGGGGUUUGCCGAUGGCUAUAAUAGAUGUUGCAAGGCAGAAAGCAGAACAAAGACUUUCAGGGAUUGAAUGGGAAGAUCUUUUUGAUUCAGUCGAUUUGAGUGAAUCAUUGAAGUCAUUGGAACCGAUGUAUCGUGAAUUGGAAGACCGUGUCAAGCCACAUUUCUUGUAUUUGUCCUUUUUUAAGGAAAAUGCAAUGAUGAGAGAAGAAAAGUUGGAACAGAUUUGGGCUGCAAAUGGAUUAGAUUUUGAAAACAAUGCAAGGGAUUUGGCUGGUGGAUCGAAUCUUGAAAUCGUGAAACGUCACUUCAGAAAAAUAAGAUGUCGCCUCAAUCCUCUAUUACUCAUGAUAUCAAUCAAAAAAGCAGAAGAGAAAAUGGGCUUAGAGAUCAUAAGGAGCAAUGGAAACAGUGGGCCCUCUCAGAAUGCCCGUCAUCGUGUUAUCGUUUGUGGCAGAGAAAAAUUUAAUCAUUUCUCAAAUGAAGAUAGCAAACAUCUUAUUUCUCUCAUCUUCCAUGGAGGUGGAGGCUACUUAGACGAAGCUAGAUCGUCUUAUUGGGAGGGUUUUCAACUGCUCAAAAUACUUGACAUGGAAGAUUUUGGAGUGAAGACUUUAUCCGAAACAAUCGGUACAAUGGUUGAAUUAAAAUACUUGGGAUUGAGAAACAAUUACAUACAAGUGAUCCCACACUCGUUGGCGCAACUGGAAAACCUUGAGGUUCUUGAUAUAGCUUUGAACUUUAUGGUGGAGGUCCCGGAUAUUAUGUGGCAAAUGAGCAACCUUCAUUUUCUUCACAUGUCUAAUGUGAUUUUCAAGAAGCCUUUGAAAGUAGAUGUGCUGCAGAAUCUGCAGACCCUAACAUACAUCUCGAUUUAUGAUUGGACAUAUGAGGACUCGAGCUUCGAGUCAAUGUAUGACUUCCAAACGUUGGGCGUUGAAGAAGUUGAUGAAAAUUCAGAUGUAGGCACGCUCUUUGCAACACUAGCUAAGCUUCCUACCUUUGAAAACCUUUUCAUAAGAGGGUUUCGUUACAAAAGCAUGUCGUGUUUGGAAGAAAUUGGUGUUAUACAAAGACUCAAGGUACUAAAACUAGAUGGGCGCAUAGGUAGGCUACCAAGUGCAGAUAAUCUACCUCGAGGGAUUGAGUACAUAGCGUUGAUAAAUACUUGUCUUGAUGAAGACCCCAUGCCGAUAUUAGAGAAGCUUCGCUCCCUAUGCAAGCUCAAACUGCGAAAUGCAUACACUGGUCGAAAAAUGGUGAUCCAAGAAGGCGGAUUUCCCAAGCUCGAUGCACUUUGCAUCAAUGAAUUGUGGAAUCUUAGAGGGAUAGAACUUGGUGUUUAUGGAAUGUGGAGUCUAAAGAAACUAGAAAUCAAUAACUGUCCACAUCUUGAGACACUCCCGAAAAGGAUUAGGUGGUUGUCUGAACUGCAAAAGUUUAAGAUGGUAACAACCAAACACAUUGCAACAAAGAUCAGAAAUUCAGGUUUGACCAAAAAAAUUUUUGGGGAGGAAAUCCAUCCAUAAUUUGAAGUUGAUAUAUAUCUGGUCAGUCGAGUGCAUUUGUUUCUUCUUUUAAGUUUGUAUUCCCUUUGUUUAUUUGCAAAUAACUUGGUCUGUAGUCUUCGUAGACAAAAUACAUUAGAAAGAUACAAGAUGAAGAAGGUGCAAUGUCGACCGAUACGUGUACCUUGACGAGCAGAGAGAUAAGAGGCUGAACUCACCGGCUCAGCCACUUCUUCACCAAUGCCGUCGCAAAGUUCAUGAACCACAGUAUCUUGAAGAUUUUGUCGAUGAUUGUUUCCUUGAUUUAUCCUUUACUUUUGGUAUCUCAUUAAUUUCCAUGUAUCGAGUCGAACAUAAAUAUAUGCUCCAUUCUGGGUUUUCUUUACCGGUUCUUUCCCUGGAUGCAAAUGAGAGUCGAACCGGUUUAAACAAGUAUAAACAAAUUUAUUGUAUACUAUCUCAAUCAAGAAUACAAUACUAUUAUUUGUGGGUU